AGCGCGCUUUCCGUGUCUGGUUAGUGGACUGACAGCCAGCUGUGCAGCUACAACGACAACAACAACCUCCUGGAUUUGCUACUCACAACUAGAUUAGUGUCGGUCUGCUACUGAUCGUAAUCGUACACUAUAGCUCGUGUUUGAAGCGAGUACUCGACGGCGCGAAGCUACAAACGGUAUCGUCGGCGGUUUCCGUGCUAACUAGCUAGAAGAAGCAUUCCUCCAACAUGAAUCCGUUGUGUGACAGAUGUGGACGAGUCGUUUACCCCACGGAAAAAGUGAAUUGUCUGGACAAGUUCUGGCAUAAAGGAUGCUUCAGCUGCGAGGUCUGCAAAAUGACUCUAAACAUGAAGAAUUACAAAGGCUUUGGGAAGAAACCAUACUGCAAUGCACACUACCCCAAGACAAACUUCACCUGUGUGGCUGACACUCCAGAGAAUCGCCGCCUCAAAGAGCAGAGCAAGAUGCAGAGCCAGGUUCUCUACAAGGAGGAUUUUGAGAAGAGUAAAGGGAAAGGUUUCAGCGCGAUCGCAGACACGCCAGAGAUGCAGAGAAUUAAGAAAACGCAGGAGCUAAUCGGCAAUAUAAAGUACCACGAGGAGUACGACAAGAAGAUGGGAGGAAGGCCACACAGCGUGCCGGUUAACGCCAGCCAAUCUUCCCAGCCGUCUGCAGCCUCUCAGAACUUCAAACAUGAGCCCACUCCUGCACCAGUGCAGGCCGCCGCCGCCGCCGCCGCCGCCCCGCCUCCCAGUGCAGGGAAGCGGUACAGGGCCGUGUACGACUACGCCGCCGCCGAUGAGGACGAGGUGUCCUUCGUGGACGGAGAUGUGAUCAUAGACGUGCAGCAGAUCGACGAGGGCUGGAUGUACGGCCGCGUGGAGCGCACCGGCCACCAGGGCAUGCUGCCUUCCAACUACGUGGAGUCCAUCUGAGAGGGGGAGGAAGAGAGGGAGAGAAGAAUGAGGAGGUAGAGAAAGGGAGGGAAAGAAGGAAAGGAAAAGUCCAGUGCCAUCUCAUCUUAACGCCGCUUCCUCUUGAUUUUACUCUUGUUCCUUAAUCUGUCCUGUGAGACCCUGAACCACCCCCCCACCCCCGUGCUGCUCCACCACAGACACCCUUGACCCAUCCGUCUGUCCUUCCCUGUCUGUCUGCCUCUUCCUCUCUCUGCCUGUGCUGGUGUCUCUCUGUUUGGAUGUUCGUCAUCCUCUUUGUUUUCCCAAACCUGGCUCUACUUUCAAGUGCUGUCACAAGUGGAAAAAUGAAAGUCUUAAAGGAUUAACUCUCAGUAUGCCAGGGGUCACGCCUUGUCCACAGCUCCAUCCUUGCUAUAGCGCUUAACGAUCCUAGCACAACAUCAUGCAACAACAUAGGAAGGAAAGAAACAAAAAAUGUAAAAAGCCCUUUCCCCCCACGGGUCGGUCGCCACAGCUGCAGACUUCGUUCUGUGGAGUAAAAUAAGUUUGAAGUGCGGGAGGGUGUGCCAUUUUUUUUCUUUUUCUAGGCUUGGUCUUUUUUCUUCUUCUUCUUUUACAUUUUGCAGCGUGAUCUUGGCCAGACUGGAAACACAGUGUAGAAUCUCAGUCUCUCAGAAGAACUAAGCUUGAAUAUUGUUGACUUGUGUACAUUCCUUUAACCUCUAACCGUGUUGCUGUUGCGCCAAUCAGCCAGUUAUCAGUCUUAACAGAGAGGGUUUUAAUAUAUUUAUAGAUCGACGCGCAUCUCGCCGUUGCGUGCUGAAGUCGGCGCCCUCGUGUUCGGCACGGCAUCGCGUGUAUCGUCGUUAAACUGGAAUCGCAGCCUAACUGAAGAGCACCUUCUGCCGUGGCCUUUCUCGGGCGAUCCAGGAGGGAUCAGGGAGAAGUUGGGGGACGUUAUCAGUCCAUCUCUUGCAGCCACACUGCAUACGUCACCUCAGGUGGGCUGUACACCUUUAUUUCCUGUUUCUCGCGGCCUGAAUGCCUUCAGUCCCGAGAGAAUCACAAAGUUAUGGUGGUGGAGGUUAAACUGUUUUGGGAACAGGUCAAGUCCUUCCCGCUCUUUUUGCUACAAAAUCACCAAUAAAAAAACGCACAUUCAUAGAAGAGAAGGCCAAGCACAAUUAUAUGUUGUGAAACUUUUUUUCUUCUAUUUUAAAUUCAUUCCACUGUCUUUGUGAACAUUCCCAUUUUUGUAUUUUCCAUUUUGAUGUGCGAGAAAUUGUUCAAUCCAUGGUUGUGGUAAAUGUCAUUCUCAUGCUGUUCUUCCUUUGCCUUUCUUGUUACUGUUUGAUGCUUAUAAUUAAUAAAAAGUCAGUGUAUUCAAUAAAUAUAACUAGCAACUCA